UCCGAACCGUACUAAGUAAACUAAGCUGCCCGAUUAGCCAUGGUGACGUCCUGCUGAAUACUGACUUGAUUAAGUAGGCAGUAAGAAGAUAUCUACGUCAAGUUGAAAUGAGGCUUCAGAAUGUCACACUCAUCACACUAUUAUAUUAGGUAGCCACUGAACCACAGCAUUGACUGGGUAGGUAAGGUGGGAAAGAUAGAUAUAUCGUUCACAUUCACUCUAAUACCGUUCCUGCCACAACCUAUCAUCGAGCACCUACAGCAUGCCAUCCUCACAGUCGACAGAUGCGGACACUAUCCGCAUCCUCGUCGCUACUGAUAACCAUGUGGGCUACGAGGAGCGCGACCCCGUCCGCAAAGACGACAGCUGGAAGACGUUUGACGAGAUUAUGAAUCUAGCACAGACAGAAGAUGUAGACAUGGUCUUGCUUGCUGGUGAUCUCUUCCACGAUAACAAGCCAUCAAGGUUGUCCAUGUACCAUGUCAUGCGAUCACUUCGGAAGAACUGCCUCGGCAUGAAACCAUGCGAGCUCCAGUUUCUUAGUGACGCCAACGAGGUCUUCGCGAGUGCCUUCGGCCAUGUCAAUUACGAGGACCCGGACAUUAACAUUUCCAUCCCCGUCUUCUCCAUUCAUGGCAACCACGACGACCCCAGCGGCCAAGGAAACUAUUGCUCACUCGACCUACUUCAGGUUGCUGGUCUUGUCAACUACUACGGUCGCACUCCCAAGGCAGACGAGAUCGACGUGAAGCCUGUCUUACUCCAGAAAGGCCAGACCAAGCUGGCCCUCUACGGAAUCAGUAACGUGCGCGAUGAGCGCAUGUUUCGUAAUUUCCGUGAUCACAAGGUGAAAUGGUUUCGCCCCAAUCAGCAGUCAACAGACUGGUUCAACCUGCUUGCCGUUCAUCAGAACCACCACGCCCAUACUGCCACUAGUUAUCUGCCUGAGAACAUGCUGCCCGAAUGGCUCGAUUUAGUCGUUUGGGGUCAUGAGCACGAAUGUCUCAUUGAUCCUCGACACAACCCUGAAACAGGCUUUCACGUCAUGCAGCCCGGAUCAUCUGUUGCUACAUCGCUGGUGCCGGGCGAAGCUGUGGCGAAACAUGUCGCCGUGGUAAGUAUUACCGGCAAGGAUUUCUCGGUUGAAAAGCAUCGCCUAAAGACUGUCCGCCCGUUUGUUACCGCUGAAAUAGUACUAGCCAGUGAUAAGAGGUUUAAGGGUCUAGAGAAGAAGAAAGAAAAUCGGCAGGAAUUGACCAGAAGGUUGAUGACUGUGGUGGAAGAAAUGAUUGCAGAAGCUAAUGCGGAAUGGGAUUCUCUACAAGAGGUUGACGUUGACGAAAGCGAGCGGCCACGACCCUUAAUCCGAUUGAAAGUUGAAUACACAGCGCCUGAUGGCGGCCACUACGAUAUUGAGAAUCCCCAACGUUUCUCUAACCGGUUCUCGGACAAGGUCGCCAAUACUAAUGACGUGGUUCACUUCUAUCGAAAGAAGACGGGGUCAAAACGUGCUACGGCCACUGAUGCGCUGUCCGAAGAGGUCGUCGCCAGUCUCGCCGAGAUGGAUAGUGUCAAAGUUGCAAAGCUCGUCGAGGAGUAUCUAAAGGCCCAGUCACUGAAGAUACUUCCUCAGGCACCAUUCGGCGAUGCAGUGACGCAAUUCGUCGACAAAGACGACAAGCAUGCAAUGGAACAAUUUGUCAACGAAUCUUUAUCCGGUCAGGUCAAACAGAUGUUGUCGUUAGAAAAUGACGACGAAAACCUUGAUCAAGCAAUGGAAAUAAUCAAGCAGAAACUUGAGCACCAAUUUGUUACGGGCCAGCUCAAGCGUGGCCCCAAACUUAGAUACAAACCCAAGCCGGAUGAAUGGGACUCUGAUCUCGAGGGUCAUUGGGAAGACCAACCCGAGGCAAUCGAUCGUAAUCCGAUACCAGAACCAGCACCAGAACCUGCGAAACCCCGUGCACGAGCACAAGCACGAAAGCCCACGCGUACAGGAUUCCUCGACGACGAUGAUGACGAAGAGAUGAACGAUUUUGCAGAAGAAGAGAUUCCAGCACCUAAGACGAGAGGACGGCCUAAAGCAGCGACUACAACCCGGGCCAAGGCCGCUCCAAAAGCUCCCGCUAAGAAGCCUGCUGCCCCUAAAGGUCGCGGCCGCGGUCGCAAGCAGGCCGAUGAAGACGAAGACGACGACGGCGACGAUAUUGUCAUGGACGACGAUAAUUACGACCCUCCUGCACCACCACCGCCGAAGCGCACUACCGCGUCUCGAGCCAUUACUACUACACGAUCCCAACCAUCACGGUCGCAGACUUCCUCGCGAGCGACUUCCUCCGCCGCAACAUCUGCGGCAGCAAAGACCCGACAGACGAAAUUGAACUUCUCGCAGAAGGCCGCGACGCAGCAGGAACCGCUUGAGAUCAGCGACGACGAGAUCUCCGAUGAUCCGUUCGAAACGGCGCCUGCGACGAGGACUAGGAAGCGUUGAAGACAAAGGUACUCGAUGAGGACUUGUUCUUGGCGGCCCGGUCCUCAACCAUGUGACGCGCAUUUGGAGAUGAAUUACUGUUCGGCAGUAAUGUAGAUAUCUUAGGCGAACGGGGCAGAAGAGGAGUAGUUUAUGGAUCUGGGCUAAGUCCGUGAGUCUUCUAUAUAUUAGAUGGGUUUAUACUGUAGUGGGGAGUAUACGGGAGUGAUAUAGGGUCGUGAAUGUGACUAGUGAUUGCUAGUAUUGCUGAAUUACAUAGUCAUUUAUAAUAACUCUUCUAUUCUACCCGUUUCGCUCGGGGCGGCUUGACCACUUGUUGCCGUCAGUAUGCCGGUGAACCUCUAUUGUUGAGCUCUUUACGCCGCUAGUAACAUGGGUCCCUAUAGUAGACGUUGAGGCUUUUGUAGAGUCUGGGAUAUAUUGGUAUGACUUGAUUGAUAAACAACAAGAUAGCUAACUAACUCAACAUCAAGUGAAUGUUUGGAUAAGGUAAUAGGGGCAAUGGCAUUUCCACAGCUACUUGUGUUAGAUUGUUAAUGCUAGAUGAGGUGCUCGGAUGGUACCAUUUGCGUCGAUAGAUAUUGACUGCUGCGCGAAUUCGAGUCUAUAAGUGCUCGUUAUGUUAUACUAUGAGGGGGUGACAUAAACUUAUAUCAUACUGCGUAUCUAAG